GAGCGAGCGGCGCAGAUAGGAGGCCGACACGCGCGUCCCACGAACCCACAGGCGGCUUACACACGUAUAAAGGCUGGCGUCGCGACGCUCUGAUCGUCAUAUCCCGCGUAGACGUCGAACUUCGCGACGCUCGGCGUUCACAUUCAAGCCUCAAGCUCCUUCGGCUACGCGUCACGUGAGAGAAAGAGAAGAGCACGAGCGGUUUAAUCGACUCCCAGAGGAGCCAGUUCACGAGUCCCGACGCUUUUCCAGCAACAGAGUUGAGAGGUAAGAACGAGAAUGAUGACAAGAACAAGCAUACUAACAUCGAGCGUAGCUGUUCUAUACGUGGUUGGGAUAUCUGUUGCGGCAAUGGAAGAAACACCCUCUUCCUCGACGAACUUUCAUCACUACAACACGAUGCUGAAUUCAGUAGGUUUUGACGAUCCAGUUCCAGACAAAAGAGCAUACACUUACGUUUCCGAGGACAAAAGGCUACCGGUUUACAACUUCGGUAUUGGAAAGCGUUGGGUCGAUAACGGCGACGAUAAAAGAGGACUACCGUAUUCCUUCGGCCUGGGUAAACGACUGAAGCAAUACAGCUUCGGUCUGGGAAAGCGAAACGACAACACCGAUUAUCCAAUCAGGCUAAACCUUGAUUAUCUCCCCAUGGAUAGUCUCGUCUUGGAAUCGCAAGAAAACUCGAAUGAUUUUCUCGAAGAAAAACGAGGAAGACAACCGUACAGCUUUGGACUGGGCAAAAGAGGCAUGCACUUCGCAUCCGGACAAUCGGUGACCACUGGAAAAAGACCAAACGAUCCCUUUAGCCAGAGAUAUCACUUUGGUCUUGGCAAAAGAAUGUCUGAGGACGAUGAGGAUUUGCUACAAUAGGACCUCCUGGUCCGGAACUACGUCGCUCGAUCAGUCGAACGAUACUCGAUCAUGUAAACGCGUCAAAAAAGUAGCUCCACCUCGAUGUCGCACAGUUUUAUUGUCAGACAAAAGUAUAUCGAUAACGACAACAAUAAAGAACAAGUUUUGAAGUUUCAACGUCUCCUUCCCGAAUUCUUCUUCAUUCUAUUCUAGUUUAUUUUCAUUUUAUUACUCUUUCUCUGGUAGAAAUUCAAAUCUUAGAACUGGGUACCUUGAAAUUAGAAUUUCAGCUGAUUUUCCCUUGGAUCGUGGAAGGUUUCGAUUUACUUCUUAAAUUUUCUUCAUUUUUUCGAAAUUUUUUUCCAAUUAAGUAGAUCUACUUUUCACAAAAAUUUCGAAUUUUUGUAAUUGUAAUUAUGGAAUAAUUAUGGGUAUCUCGAAAUUAAAUUUUGACAUGGAAGGUGAUGGUUUUUGAAAACACUGUUGAAUAUUAAAAAAACAUUGAUUAUUUUUAUCUAAAAUUUGGAAACAUUUUUAGAAAAUUUAGUAGAUCUACUUUUCACAAAGGUUUUCUAUGUUUCUAGUCAUAAUUACGAAGUUGGAUAUCUUGAAAUUAGAUUUUUAAUAAUCUUUUCUUUCUUUUAAUUAUUAAAAUGAUAAUUGCGUAUGUGAUGAUAAUAAUAAUGAAAGGAUGUUAUCUUUAUGCUUUUAUCUUUAUGCUUAGUUACUUAUAGAGCUACAAUAAGCUUCUAUUGUAUAUUUUUACUAAAAUGAAUUAAAAGUGUUAAAA